AUGCGCUGGCAACUUGUUUCUCCCGCCCUUGCCAUGGCCGGCCUCGCGACCGCCGCUUGGCCCGAGCGCCCAAUCCGUUUGGGAACAAGACAAUCCUCGAAAGUACUGACCGCAUAUCCAGACUUUGCCAUCAAUGGAACCGGCAUCCCCGAUGUCGAUUUUGAUAUAGGUGAGGCUUAUGCUGGGCUCCUGUCGAUAUCAGAUGACUUGGACGGGCCUGAUAAGCUUUACUUCUGGUUCCAGCCGUCGCCCAACCCAGCCGCAGACAAGGAAAUCUUGAUCUGGCUGAAUGGCGGCCCCGGCUGCUCCUCCCUCGAGGGCUUCCUUCAAGAAAAUGGCCCGUUCCUAUGGCAGUAUGGCACCUACAAGCCCGUCCCCAACCCCUGGGGAUGGCACCAUCUUACAAACGUCGUUUGGGUGGAACAGCCCAUAAACACCGGCUUCUCGAGUGGAAACGUCACAGCCAAGGACGAGGAGGACGUUGCUAGGCAGUUCAUGGGCUUCUUCAAGAACUUCAUCGACACCUUUGGUAUGCAUGGCUAUAAAGUCUACAUCACCGGCGAGUCAUAUGCUGGAAUGUACUGUCCAUACAUCGCGAGCGCUAUGCUCGAUGAGGAGGACAAGACGUAUUUUGAUGUCGCCGGAAUGACAAUUUACGACCCUUCUAUCGGCCCCGAACGCGUUGGAGACAUGGUAGCCGUCCCCUUCAUUGACUACCACCACAACCUUUUCCCCUUCAAUGACUCUUACGUCAAGCAUAUCCACGAGGUCGAUCGUAAGUGCGGGUAUGCCGAUUUCCGCGACAAGUACCUCACCUACCCACCCAGCGGUCAUCUUCCCGACCCACUUCCGGGAAUCGACCGUAAGACGGGCGACCCCGAGCCGGGUUGCGAGCUCUACAGUAUUUUCGACUCCAUCUGGGAUGCCGCGAUAGCCAUCAACCCGUGCUGGGAUGUGUACCAAGUGGCUACUACAUGCCCUCUUCUGUGGGAUGUUAUGGGAUUUCCCGGCAGCAUGGAAUACCUCCCGAAGGGCGCUUCUAUCUACUUCAACCGGGACGAUGUGAAGAAGGCGAUCAAUGCCCCCGUGGAGACAGAGUGGGCAGAGUGCGGAGGGCCUGUGUUUGUUGGAAAGGGAGACUUGUCACCGCCCUCAUCCAACACGGUUCUGGCCGGUGUUAUUGACAGGACCAAGAAUGUCAUUAUCGGCCACGGGGACCUUGACUUUGUCCUUCUGGCGAACCAGACCCUUCUGUCGAUUCAGAACAUGACCUUCGGAGGGAAGCUGGGUUUCCAAGAAAAGCCAGUGGAGCCUUUCUAUGUGCCAUACCACAAUGACAGCUCAGACUCUACUCUUGCUGGGGCUGGCGUUUUUGGAACCACUCAUACUGAGCGCGGCCUGACGUAUGUCGGCGUCACGCUUUCCGGACACAUGAUUCCUCAGUAUGCGCCUAGUGCAGCCUUCCGCCACGUCGAGUAUAUGCUCGGUCGAGUCGAUUCUCUCAGCAGUAAAGAGCCCUUUACCACCGACGCCCACUUCCCGCAGCCGAAGGGGCCUCUUGGGAAGGGGACAGCCUCCCCAAAUGGGUCUAAUAAAGGCGGAAGUGGACAG